UGGGUGAGCAGGUGGUCAAGUGGCUUCAACGGUGACUUUUUAAAGGAAACCCUAGAUUCUGAUUGAACCUUAGAAUAUCAGAUUUAUAGCAAUUACACUUAUCAUUUAGCAAAGAGCCACAAAAGAGGGUCUAAGGGCUGCACAGAAUUCAUCUGACUCCGACAUCGGAGUUUGCAGCCCCCCAAACCCAAACCCCUCACCCCCAAAAAUAUCUCACACAUCAGCCUCAUUUUCUCUUAUCCCACCAAUAAUAUAAGCCAUCAAAAUCAAACCUUUACUCUUUCUUGUUUGUUUCUCCACGAGAAAAAUGGGUUCUUGCGAAAAGCUGUAAACCCCAUUUUCUUGUGAUUCUUUGCUUUUUAUUGGGUUUUUAGGUUUUGUUUACGGGGAGGGUGAUGGCUCAAAAUGGGCAGGGGAUAGAACCUGCAGUUCUUGAUGACAUAAUCAACAGGCUUUUGGAGUUUAGGAAUGCAAGAACUGUUAGGCAGGUUCAGCUCUCAGAAGCUGAGAUUCGAUCCCUUUGUACUGCUUCUAAAGAAAUCUUCCUUCACCAGCCCAAUCUUUUGGAGCUUGAAGCCCCUAUCAAGAUCUGUGGUGACAUUCAUGGACAGUAUGGUGAUCUUCUGAGGCUUUUUGAAUAUGGUGGGUUCCCUCCGGAGGCUAAUUAUUUGUUUUUAGGGGACUAUGUUGACCGUGGCAAACAGAGUUUGGAAACUAUAUGCCUUCUACUUGCUUACAAAAUUAAAUACCCGGAGAACUUCUUUCUGUUAAGAGGGAAUCAUGAAUGUGCUUCUAUUAACCGGAUAUAUGGAUUUUAUGAUGAAUGCAAGCGCCGAUUCAAUGUGAGGCUGUGGAAAACCUUCACUGAUUGUUUUAACUGUCUUCCUGUGGCAGCUCUCAUAGAUGAUAAAAUACUUUGCAUGCAUGGUGGUCUUUCUCCUGAUCUGACAGACUUAGAUGAGAUAAGAAAUUUACCUCGUCCAACAGAUAUUCCAGACUCCGGUUUGCUUUGUGAUUUACUUUGGUCAGAUCCUAGUAGGGAAGUUAAAGGUUGGGGUAUGAAUGACAGGGGUGUCUCAUACACCUUUGGUUCUGAUAAAGUGGCAGAAUUCUUGAUGCAACAUGAUAUGGACCUUGUUUGUCGUGCCCAUCAGGUUGUGGAGGAUGGCUAUGAAUUUUUUGCUGAAAGGCAGCUAGUCACUAUAUUUUCUGCACCAAACUACUGUGGCGAAUUUGAUAAUGCUGGUGCUAUGAUGAGUGUGGAUGAAAAUUUGAUGUGCUCUUUUCAGAUUCUGAAGCCAACAGAUAGAAAACCUCGGUUCUUAUGAAGCAAAAGGUGAUAGCUUAUAUCUGUGUCUCCCAGGGGCAUCUAAGGUCAGUGUAUUUGACGCAUAGGUCAAUCACUCUAUGUAAUGACCAUAUCAAGAAACCUCUGUCGUUGAUUGAUCUUGUUUCUGUGCCAUAAAUAAAAAAUGCCUGUGCUGAUCUCAUGUUAUGCAUAUACACCAGAGCUGGAAAAUGCCUCCAGCUAUCCCUUCUUUAAAAAAAGAUGUGGUUAUGGGUCGUGCUUGUCAUUUCCCUUCCCUGCUAGAAAAAAUGAAUGUUAUUUGUUGAUAUUCUUUCCUUGGCAUUUCAUUCAUAUUGACCAUUCUUUAACUGGAAAAGUUAACCUGCUUCAAGACCUAAAAGUUUAGCCGCGCGUAAUGUUACUAUUUUAUAUGGUUAAGUUUACCAUCUUUAAAUCCUAAAAGCUUAACUACACGUAAUGCUACUAUUGUAUAUCAUAUUGAUGUUUUACAUUUUACUCUAUUCAUAUUGUCCAACAACUGUUUUAGAGAUGG